CAGAGGUUAUUUUAAGGGUCUGUUCUAUCACAGCUGUUGUCUCAGGCCCCUCAGUGCUGCUGGAAUUUCCUCACCUUUUUCUCUGAGCUGCUAGCGUGAGACAAACUGCUCCAUUACCUUCUCCUGCUCUGUGGACUGAAGAGCUAUCGUAGUUAUCAAGCUCCAUAAAUAGAGCUGUGGUUUGGACCAUGUGCCGAGUGACGACAGGUGGAAAAAAAGCCUCUGUGAUGUGAUAAGCAGCAGUAACCGUCCUGAAGCAAUAAACCACGGAUAAACAACCAUCCAAUUUCUCCAAAGUCACUGGAGUUUCUGUGAACAUCAAGUGCUGUAAUGUCCAGCUUCCUUUAAACUGUCUGGAGUUCUUCCAUGGUUCUUCUACGGUUCCAUCAUGUUCCACUGUUCCAGAAUAAUGCAAAUAGAUGUUUUGUGACUGAACCUGAAUUAUAUCUCACUUUCAGACUUCAGUUAAAUGUAGAAGCUGAUUAACUCCACAGCUCCAGCUCUGACAUCAAGCAAGAACCUGCUCACACUUUUCUCCCAGGCUUCUUUGUCACGGUUGUUUUAUUUCUCAGAUAAUGGAGAGCAGUUCUCAGCCAUCUGAUGCCAGCGAGCAGGUCAGCAGUGUGGAGGAGAAACCUGUGGAUCCAAUGGAAGUGUUCAGCAGGCAGCUGGAGGACAUCAUCGAAACCUACGGUUCUGCAUGCAGCCUGCUGGAAGAGAAGAUCUCCAGCUUGGAGAAGGAUGAAGAGAACCUGGAGGAAGAGAGCAGGGAUGCUAACGCGGUGGUGAGCAGCAACCCAGAGACGGAACAAACAGCUAGCGGGCUUCUGGAAGGUCUGGAUAAAGAAGCUUCACUUCUGCUGCAAAGCCUAAAAGCUCUGAUGUCACCAGAGGAGAAAGUGGAGAUGGUGCUGAGGAAAUAUGCAGAGCUGCUGAAGGAGCAGAAGAAUGAGCAGGUACAGCUGAAGCUGCUUCAGAAGAAACAAGGCCUCCUGGUUAAACAGAAGGACCAGCUCCAGUUAGAGCACAGCCGUGGAAUCCUGGCACGCAGCAGGUUGGAGAUCCUCUGUCGAGAUCUUCAUGAGCACAACAAGACCCUGAAGGAGGACAUGCUGCAGAAGAGCCAGGAGGACGAGAGAAAGCGAUUGGAGAUCCACAGCCACUUCCAGAACACAGUGGUGGACAUCCAGGCCCAGAUCGAGCAGCACAGCAACCGCAACAACAAACUGUGUCAGGAGAACACUGAGCUGGCCAAGAAGCUGACCUCCAUCCUGCAACAGUAUGAGAAGAGAGAGGAGAGCUUGGAGAAGAUAUUCAAACAGAAGGAUCUGCAGCAGCAGUUGUCUGAUGCCAAGCUGGAAGAAGCUAACCUACGUCUGAAGGACGCUGAGGAGAAGCAUAAGAGGGAGAAGGAAUACUUGCUUAAAGAAGCAAUUGACAAAACAAAGAAAUGCUUCACAAUGAAGGAACAGGAGUUGCAGAUGAAGAAGCAGCUGGUGCUGUACUCUCAGAAGUUUGAUGAGUUCCAGGCCACGCUGGCCAAGAGCAACGAAGUUUACUCUGUUUUCAAACAAGAGAUGGACAAGAUGACCAAGAAGAUGAAGAAACUGGAGAAGGAGUCAAACUUGUGGAAGAUCCGCUUUGAGAGCUGCAACAAAGCUCUGACUGAGAUGAUUGCGGAGAGAUCUGAGAAGGGCAAAGAGCUGGAGCUCUUUACUGUGAAGAUCGAUAAGUUGGAGAUGUUGUGCCGAGCGCUCCAGGAGGAGAGGAAAGUCUUGUAUGAGAAGAUAAAGGAGAUCCGCCUGCAGACCACUUCGGCCUCACUGCCUCUGCCGGAUAUCACCGAGGAGGAGAUUCCAGAGCUCACCAUCUCAGAGCCGGUCAGAAACCCGGCUCUAACCGCAGAGAUGGAGAAACUGUGGAAGGAGCAAGCCCGUCUGCAGGAAUUUGCAGCAUCACUGUUGGCCUCAACUGCAGAGGACAUGGGCAGCUCCGACACUGAGGAGGAAUCAUCUGAACCUAAACUAGCUGCUCUUCCUCCUGUGCCUAGUAAGGCAAUCCAGUUAGACUCCAAUCAACAGAAAGAAGAACCACCCAAAGCAGAACCACCUAAAGUAGAACCACCUAAAGCUGAAGAACCCAAAGAAGAACCACCCAAAGCAGAACCACCUAAAGUAGAACCAUCUAAAGCUGAAGAACCCAAAGAAGAACCACCCAAAGAAGAGCCACCUAAAGUAGAGCCACCUAAAGCUGAAGAACCCAAAGAAGAACCACCCAAAGAAGAGCCACCUAAAGUAGAGCCAUCUAAAGCUGAAGAACCCAAAGCAGAACCACCUAAAAUAGAACCAUCUAAAGUAGAACCACCUAAAGCUGAAGAACCUAAAGCAGAACCACCUAAAGUAGAACCACCUAAAGCAGAACCACCUAAAGCAGAACCACCUAAAGUAGAACCACCUAAAGAAGAACCACCCAAAGCAGAACCAUCUAAAGCUGAAGAACCCAAAGAAGAACCAACUAAAGCAGAAGCACCUAAAGAAAAGUUAACCAAAGUGACAAACAAAAAUGUUGCAAAGGUAGAAACAAUCCAGCAAAACACUCACCCAAACCCAAAGAACCAGAAAAAAGCCAAAGAACCCAAAGAACCACAACCCAAAGAAGUGAAAACAGUAGCUCCUGAAGUCGAUUCCAGCAAGCAUGAUCUUCACCCAGAACCAGACCCCAAAGCCGAGUCUACUAAACAAGUUCUAGGGGCAGAAGCGGAAGCAGAACCCGAGGCUUUGGGUGCAGGAGCAGCAAAACCACAGAACCCCAAACCCAGCGCUAACAAACCCCACGGCAAGAAACCCAGCAACCCCAAAAAGAAACCUGCAGCCAAAUCAGCCAAGAGGAGCUGAAGAGAAGAAGGUCAUGGAGUGUGUGAUUCCUCUCGAUUCCUCUGAUUCCUGAUUUACAGUGUGUGUGUGUGUGUGUUUCUAUUUCUCUAUAAAGCUAAUUAAAUAGAGGUGUUGUUUA